GUGAUUAGUUGCGUUUUCUUGCUUUGACAUUCAGAUAUUCAGAUACAAAACGUCAUUCGCUUCCAGCGAGAACAUAAUGAUACGUGUUCUCGUGUCCUUCUCAGGACAUGUGUAACCAGGAAGUAAGACAUGUACUCUCUGUUAGUCCUCGAUAAAUUGUGUGAACUGUUUGCGUGCUUGAAAGCAGAACUCUGACUCAGUACAUCUGAAACGGAAUUUUGCUGUACCUGAUCGUGUCAUGAUGACUGAUCUCUUUGGGGCUCGUUGUGGCUGAUCACGAAGCGUUACACGAAUGUCCUGCUGAUAUGACAUGUACUUGCUAUACACAGGAUGAGUAAAGAACUGGAGGAGCUCUCUCCCCUGGGUGAUUCGAUUCAUGGUGAUGGGUCCGAGGAGGAAACAGAGGAUGAUGAGCCCAAAAUUUGUCAAGUAUGUGGUGACAAAUCCACAGGCUACCAUUUUAACGCCAUGACCUGUGAGGGCUGCAAAGGCUUCUUCAGGCGUGCCAUGAAGCGACCAACACAGUUCUGCUGCCCGUUUCGGAAUGUCUGUGUCAUCACCAAGAGCAACAGGAGGCAAUGCCAGUCUUGUCGUCUCCAGAAAUGCCUCUCAAUUGGAAUGAAAAGAGAGUUGAUUAUGUCAGAUGAAGCUGUGAAGAAACGGAGGUUACAGAUCAGGAGAAAAAGGAUGCAGGAGGAGCCUGUAACACUCUCCCCACAACAGGAAGCUGUCAUCCAAGAGCUCCUUGCUGCACAUCAAAAGACCUUUGACAUGACCUGUGCCAGUUUCACUCAGUUCCGGCCUCUAGAUCGGGAUCAGAAUGCCAUCUCUGAGUGCAAUCAAGAACCAAACAGCAGCAAGAACUCCCAACUAAUCAUGUGCAAACAAGAGUCUGAAGCUGCAGUGAAUAUGGCCAUCAGCUUCACCCGCUCGUCCACUUUCUCCAACUCACAGCAACCUGAGAAUAAUGAAAUGAAGCGGCUUAACAACAUCAUCUUUACCUCUCUGCCACAUUUUACAGACCUUACCACAUACUUGAUCAAGAACGUUAUCAACUUUGGCAAGACACUUACAAUGUUCAGGGGUCUGAAUAUUGAGGACCAGAUCUCUCUGCUGAAAGGUGCGACCUUUGAGAUCAUUCUUAUUCACUUCAACAUGUUCUUUAAUGAGAAAACAGGCAUUUGGGAGUGCGGGCCGCUACAGUACUGCAUGGAUGACGCCAUGCGAGCUGGUUUUCAGCGCCAUCUGCUGGACCCUAUGAAGAAUUUCCAUUACACACUGCGAAAACUGCACUUACAUGAAGAGGAGUACGUUCUGAUGCAGGCUAUCUCACUUUUCUCACCAGAUCGCCCUGGCGUGACACAUCACAAUGUGAUUGACCGGAACCAGGAAAUACUUGCUCUCACACUGAAAACUUAUAUAGAGGCCAAAAGGACAGAGCCAGAGAAACAUCUGCUGUACCCAAAGAUCAUGGCGUGCCUGACUGAGAUGAGGAGUAUGAAUGAAGAGUACACAAAACAGGUGUUGAAAAUCCAGGACAUUCAGCCCGUGUCACCGCUUUUGUUGGAAAUUAAGAAAGAAAGUCACAUAUCUGGGAUGGCAUGAGGGUGAGUAAAUGAUGAUAGAAUUUUUCAUUUUUGAGUGAACUAGCCUUUUAAGAAUCCCCCUAUUUUUUCACAUUUCAGUAAUGACAAUUGGGGGGAUGUGCUUAAUUGUCAUGAUAACAUGAUAAUGUCACGAUGCAAACCAUUUUAAGGGUCUUAAAACAGGCUUCUUUUUCGUUAUGCAAAAUAUAAUUUUAUCUUCAUUUUGGGAUGAAAUAUGACCACCAGAUGUGUUUUUGACAAGCUUUGUGGGAUUCACCCAGUGAUGUGUGAUUGUGUUUCAGAAGAGUUGUAGCUAGUUGUUCAUGUAUGUUGUGAAUUUCUUGUAUUAGAAAAAGACUUGCUGUAUUUUUUGUAAUGAAUGAAUGUCUACCCUUUUAAAGGGUCUCUUCUAAAGAAAUUUUAAGAGGCCGCAAGAUAUUUCUCUGUAAGUGAAUGCCUUUUUAAGUGCUUUUACUCUUUGUCAGUUGUGAAAGACACUACUAAAUCUUUUUCACUCUAAGUACAUUUGGGUUGUGAGAUUCAAUUCAUAAGCUAAGAGCAUAUUUUGCUGAACAGAUUUAAUCUGCAACAGUUGAACAGAUAAUCAGUGUGAAAAUGAACUAGUCAUAUUUACAAUGCGACAAUCUGUUUGCAUCAAAUAAUAGCAGUGAGAGUAUUUGGAUGCCAGGCAUCAAUCAAUGUGAAGCACAAACUGUUUCCAAAUGCCUUUUGUUUGCUUAGAAGCAUGGAGUACAGAUUAAACAGAUGCAUUUAUUUAUCCGGACCCACUUGAUAUUAGGUGUCUUUAACUACUUUGUAUGUAAGCAUUUGCUACAGUGUACUUAUUUUGUACAGCCGCGUUGUUGCAUUGUACUUACAUUUAAAGUACCUGCAUUUAAUUAAAUCUGUAGUUACACUGUUAACCUUACCCCCUAAUCCUAAACCUAACUCUACCCUAACCCUAAACAUACCUCAACUUUCAGCAAAUGUGAAUCUUGUGAUAAUUUUGAGAAAAACAUGUAGUUACACAAGUACAUUGUAUUGUAUGUGUUUUAAUGUUAGUGCAUAGUAGUUAGACACCUAAUAUAACGUGGGACCAUCUAUCCUUAUGCAAACCCAGAACUCACACAAUACACUCAGGUUAUUGAUAAUUACAUCGGUUAGCAUGUGCCCCUCUCAGGAAAAUAAAGUUUAAAAUUCUAUGAAA